GCCACUUUCUAUUUUUUUUUUCUCACCUUUUAUUUCCAAUAUCAUUUGAUACAAAAAUGUCGGUGGUUCGUGAAAUUCCGGUGAUUGAUUUUGGUGGUGAGCCUGACAAGGUGGCGCAAGAGGUAUUGAAUGCUUGCAAAUCGAUCGGCUUCUUUUACAUGAUAAAUCACGGUAUUCCGAGAGAAGAUAUUCAGCGCGCGUUUCAACUGAGUAAAGACUUUUUCAAUCAACCGGUCGAGGAUAAAAGAAAAUAUGCCAGAACACCAGAGAACCACGGCUACGCUGAAUUGUACAGCGAAAGGCUAGACCCGGAACAUCAACGUCAAGGCGAUCAUAAAGAAGCAUUCAACUUUAAGAAUUUCAUAAACGGCAAAGCCUUUGCGCCUCUUCCUCCGUUAUUUGAAAAAGACCAAGCAUUUAUUGAACACUUUUCGAGGACAUGCCACAAUACGGCCGUUCGCGUACUGGAAUUUUUCGCUAUGGCCCUAAGCAUUCCUGAAUCAGAAGGCGGUAAACGUUGGUUUGCGGAUCGGCACGGUUAUGACAAGGAAACAGGGGAAGCACUCCGAUUUCUAAAGUAUCCUCGAGGGGGCGAAGCGGUGUAUAAGGAAGUUGUGCGUGCUGGUGCUCAUUCCGAUUACGGGUCGGUCACUCUUUUAUUUCAAAAAGACGUGCCGGGUUUGGAAGUGCAAGCAAGCCGUACCGAAUGGAUUUCGGCUCCCAUCAUUGAUAAAGCCAUCGUGGUCAAUGUUGGUGAUCAGAUGGAAUUUUGGACCAAUGGUCUAUUUAAAUCGACUCUCCAUCGUGUCACGUUUCUGCCAGAACAUAACCAAUUGGAUCGUUACUCGAUUGCUUAUUUCCUUCACGCAGAAGACGACGUGCCGUUGGCAGCUAUUCCCAGUCCUUUGAUCACUCCAAAAGACAGUAAAGAACAUGUACCAACGGCAGCUGAGCACCUUCGAGAGCGCUUAGAUAAGUCAUACAUGGCCAAAUAAAAUAAAAUAAAUUUCCAGUCUUGUGCAUUGAAGGGAAAAAAAUUGUAGCUG